CAACUACCUUACACUACUCUUUCCUUUUUUUUCUUAUACUCAUCUUACCUUCUUUUUGCUCUUCCGAUUGUCAUUGUUUUGUGUGGUGCAUGUAUAUUUGGUGCUCUCUUGUAUCAAUAUUUAUGUGUUCAAAUAAAAUAAUAAACAGAAUUCGAUGAGCGACCACUUAUCUAGUGAAUUUUGAAUCGUCCUUUAUUUGAUCAUUGAAGUUUGACGUUUAUCAAUACUGUUUUCGACAAAAGUUAAGGUUAUUCACUCACUCACUACUGUAGAGUUCUGAAGCGAAUUUAACUAAACUUUCUAUUUUGAACACAUUAAAUGGUAACCGAAAAGUGAUUGUAUUGGUUAAGGUGCAUCUAUUUAUUGUUUUUUCUUUCAUACACCUUUUCAUUUCUUAUCAUAUUUUUACACUAUCCUUUACCUACAUGCCAAUAAAGCUCUGUUUUUUCUUCGUGUAAGUUAACAAGGGAAAGUUGUUGCAUGUUCAUGAAAUAAAUCUGAAAAUACAUCAAUCAAUGUUAACUAAUAAAGUCAUUAUUAAUUAAUUUAAUAGUUGGUUGUUUUGCAACUAUAAGUAUGGUCCAGUUAAUGUUCAUGUAAGUAAAAUCUUAUCGAUGGUUUCUAAUUAAUGACAAAAGUACUUCUAAUCAAAAUAAUUUACAUUAUUUCAGCCACUUCGACUUUACUGAUAAUAUUUGAUUCAUAUUAUAUGCUGUUCAUAUAGACUCUAUACUUCUGUCAAACCCAAAAAUCUUAUCCUGUAGUGUUGUGCUAAGAGUUAUUUCUUCGUGACUGAUGAAUUUCUAUCAUUUGGAGCGUAACAUUUGUUCGCAACACCUUAAUAUGGAUUGGCGUAUAAUCAGUAACUAUUAAGAAUAUUCAACAUAACGUUUAUUUGAACUAUAUUCAGAAACAUGGACUCAUUCAGUAUAGGCACUUAAAAAGUUUAUUUUAAUAUUGAGAUUAAAAUACGAAUAUAAAUUAACCUUUUCUUGCAAUUGAUGGACAGCAACAUUAUAUUUAAAGUGUGCAAUUUCGGUAGGACUAGCAUUUAACAUUCAUGCUUAAUUAUUCUAUAUGACUAGUAAUUUGAUUAAUUCAUUUCCAACUAUUUGUUUUUCUGAUUUACUGAUUACAGAUGGUUCUCUUGAAAUUAUAUCAUUUUGAUAUUUUAGCUAUUAAAUAGAGUAGUCUGUAAGAGAGUUUGGUUAUUGAGUCACUACUCACAUGCUAAAAUAAUGCAUAAAUAUCCGUGUAAAUAAUGAGCACUAAGACAGUUAUAGUCUGAACUUGAAGCGAAACAAUACGAUUGAGCUUUUCUAAAUGUUUUCACUUAACCAGUGUGCAUCUCUUCCUGUUUAUCAAAUCAUCUAAACUUAACUAUAUUUAUGUUCAUGUAUCCUAAGGAUUUCUCAAUUUAUAUCUACAUUUUAUCAUCUUUAAGUUACUGAACUUUAUUAAUUUGUCCAUAUUAUUGGUAAAUGUACCAGAGUAUUUUUCAUUCAGAUAUGAUUUUCCUGCACUUAGAUGUUUUUAUCAGAAUUCAAGAGUAACAAAUAUUCUUGGAUUUUAGACUAUUUAUAAUCUUAAUAACUACACCAUCAAUCCAUCGAAAUUGAUCAAACUUCAGAGUUGCUAUUAUUCAACAGAAUAUCUAAUCAAUAGUCGAGGCAUCUUGUGUAUUUAUUAAAGUGAUUACACAUUUUAUUAGAUAAGUAUUUUACGAUUCCCUUUCUUAACAUUGACCUUUUCUUGUUUUUUUUUCUCGAUAGAUUUUCUUAUUAAUUAAUUUAUUCGAUUCAUGCGUUUUAUAGCAGCUUCCGCCAUUGAUUUUUUAAGGUCACUCUUCCAUUUUUUUUACUAUGGUGUCCUGUUUCUGAUCUUUCAUCUGCAAUAAUUAUUUUAUCACUGAAUCACUGUGUACGUGUAUGAUUUGGUUACGUUGAUGUAUAAUUUCUUGUAAAAUGUAAUGAUAAUAAUAAAAGUGAUUUUAUAUAAAGUGUUGGUCAUAUGUUAAUGGUACUGUGUGGUGAAAUUUCAACGUUAAUUAUUCUGUUGUCACCUACGCGUAUUCGGCUUCAGUUUAUGUAUACUAAUAGUGUUACUUUAUUUAGUCAUCUGACUGUUCGACACUUCACGCCUGUCUAUUUCAUUUAUUUUGAUGCAUGUUGAUUUAUAGUAUCACUAGUGUCCGCAUAAUUGAAUACAUAAAUCUAUGUCGUAUCGUACAUUAUUAAUUACGAAUUUAAGGCAUCUACUUUCGUUUAUACAUUUAAAAUUUUUUUAUUAUAAAGCUAUAUGGAGAUUGUUCAGUUGUAGGCCUCACAUUACAGACUGACUUUAGUUAGACAGCCAGUGGAAAUCAGACAGCGUCAGGCAGUUAUUUUCUCUGAGUAUGAACCUUAGCAAAGAGCAUCAACGACUCUACUAAAUGUCGAAAUAUGUUGUUAAGUCGUAAUGUUUGUCGGAUUGUGUUCUACUCAUUUUUUGUAGUGUUUCACUUCAUUCAUAUACUCUGUUGAAUUGUUAAAUAAAUAUUCAGAGAAUAAUGGAGACGUAUCCAUGUAUGUCGAUUUCUCUUUGACAAUGCAACCAGUUCCUCGAUUGAUUUAACUGGAGUUCCAAGCAACACGUUAUAAAAUAUGUAAUCAAAAAUAAAGUGAAUAUAUGAAAUGAAAGAAAUUAACUUGAUAGAAGACAUUAAAUCACCGGAGUUUUCAUCCGAAAACAGAAAUAAGUACAUUAAGUUGUAGUAAUGAGAUGACAUUAUGCUUUUUUUUCUGAGUUCUAUUGUGGCGUAUGCUGAUUUUGUUGACAGAUAUAAGUAGUAUUUAGCAGCUAUCGGAAGUGGAAUGCUUGCCAGCAGAAGAAUGAGGUGAUUGAAUUGAAGAGAACAGGGACAGAAAUAGAAAACAAUUGUAACAACAACAGGACUGAGAGAAUCAUGACGCAUGUAAAAGACAAAUAAUAUAUUUAAUGUAUGGUUUUCAGAUUUUACGAAAACACUGUAAUUUUGCUUUGAUCAAUAAAUUGGUUCUCCUCACCUUAGUCUCAUUCACUGCACUAUGCUCACAACGAAGAUUAUAGUCCAAAUCAACAGUGUUCUUAGGUGUUAUUUACUCUAAGGGUUUUUUUAAUGACCAUGAUAAAAAUCACUUUCAUUAUAAGCGAAUUUUAGCCGUGCUAUCUUUAAGUCAGAUCAGUGAAUAGUUAUGUUACUCAGUAAUCAUUUACUGGUUUAUGUAUUUGUCUGUUAAUCAUACUUGUGUGAGGGUUGUUAACGAUUCCACUCAGCUACCAUAAUUAUAGCUGGUUGAAUUUUGAAUAUCCAAACCAGUAAGCCGCAACUUUUUACUGAACUUCGGUAAUAUUUGAAUGAUUUGCUUGUUGAUCGCAAUUGUUCUUAUAUGAGUUUGAAAUUGUUGAUUUCAGAAGUUAUGUUUUUUUAGGAAUCUAGUUUCCUUUACAGUAACAUCGUAUAAGUGAAAUAUUAUAUUCUCUAAGUGCCAUGUACCAGUAUAAACUCGCUUCCUAUUUUCCUAAUGAUUUUAAUUUGUUUAUACUUGCCAUCUCUACCACCAUUUUAUGACAAAAGCUUAAAACCAACCGAUCGAGAAUAUCCUGCUUAAUUAGAACUCCUUAUGAUGUUGUACACAUAUGUUUUCAUUUUAGACUACUUAUCUUUAUUAUUUUACGGACUUUUUAAUUUCAGGAUCAGGACAGUAUGGUGUAGUAUAUGAGGCUGUAUGGAAACCUUAUAAUGUAUUAGUUGCUGUUAAAACACUUAAGGAAAAUGUCACAGUUCGUGAUGAAUUUUUAGAAGAGGCUCGUUUGAUGAAAAGCUUAAGACAUCCAAAUCUUGUGACUUUGUUAGGUGCAUGUACUCGGGAACCACCUUAUUAUAUUGUCACAGAAUUUAUGUGUAAUGGGAACUUGUUAGAUUAUUUGCGUACACAUCCUAGAACAGAAUUAACACCUUCAGUUUUAUUACAUAUGGCAACUCAAGUUGCUAGAGGUAUGGCUUAUUUGGAACAACACAACUUUAUACAUCGUGAUUUAGCAGCCCGCAAUUGUCUAGUUGGCACACAACAUACCAUUAAAGUGGCAGAUUUUGGUUUAGCUCGUUGUAUAGAACGUGAUCUUACUUAUCGAGCUCAUGAAGGCGCUAAAUUUCCUAUAAAAUGGACAGCACCAGAAGGUUUAGUCUAUAAUCUGUUUUCAACUAAAUCAGAUGUAUGGGCAUUUGGUAUAUUGUUAUGGGAAAUUGCCACCUAUGGAAAAACACCAUAUCCAGGUGUUGAAUUACAAGAUGUUUAUGUUUUAUUAGAAAGAGGUACACGGAUGCUUUGUCCUGAAGGUUGCCCUGAACCAGUUUAUGAACUUAUGUUACAAUGUUGGCAAUGGCUUCCAGAACAACGCCCACCAUUUUCUGAUAUAUUAAGUCAAUUAGAAUCUAUGCCAACCAAUUCUACAAUGGAAGAAGAAGAACAAAUCGAUUUUGAUAUAACUUCUACUACAUCGUCAUCAUCGUUAUUAUUAAAUAACAAUGAAAUAAAGGUGAUCAACUCUAGCGAGCCAAACAGAUCCACUAAACAUCCACCUAAUAUUGCGUAUCCCCGACCGCCACUGCCUCCUAGACCACCCCCACCAAGAAGAAGCACCAGUUGCGAUUAUUUAAUUGAUGAGAAUGAUGAUAAUCAAUUUGAUAUGAUUAAAGAGGAUUGUAAAUCCGAUUUGGGUAGUGAUAUACCAGUAAAUGCUAUAAAUAAUAACAAUAAUGUUAACCACAAAUCUCAUAAAGGUAUAUUUACAAGGAGUUUUAAGAAUCCCCUUUCGAAACAAUUACAUAUUGGUGAUUUAAGUACUGAUGAGUUUGGUACUGCUGAAAAAGAUCUACCAUUUACAAACUCAGGAUCUCUUGGGCGUAAAAGAACUGCACCGCGACCACCAAGACGUACUACACCAGUUAAACCGUUGAAUUUCUUAACUGAUUUCAAUUCAUUAGAAGAUAAUAGUUGUGUUUACCCGAAUUCCCAUCUGGAUGACUUUGAUCAUCCACCACUGCCACCCCCACCAGUUCAUCUUGAUUCUAGUCAUCAUCAAAUACAUCAACCCCGAUCACAACAACAUCCUCGUCUAGCACCACAGCCUAAUAAUGGUUCAUUACCAAAUAACUCGAACUCAACACCAUUUUCAGUGCCAUCAGUUAUGAGUAGUUCUGCAAUUUUCCCAUCUUCUCGUCAAUUUUCAUAUGUGGAUCCCAUUCCGUUAGAUAACAGCCUGACAAGAUCAAUUUGUCCUGAUCGUCUAAUAUCACCACUUGCUCCUCCCACACCAGGUAAACAUAUUCAGCUUUCUUCAAAGUCACCAGCUUUAUCGAAAACCACUGUAAAUUCGGAUUUAUCUAACAAAACUAAUCCCGUUGUAGAUCAUUCCCACAAUAAGCGCAGUAUAGAUUCUAAUUUUCUUAAUGAAUCUUAUUCAGGGAAUAAUGUUUCUUCUAAGCAAAAUGUUCAUCCUACCAAUGUUUCAUCAUCUGUCUUUCAAGAGGAAUUACGAGAUAGAUUAAAAAAGCAUUCUCAACAGCUUAAAAGUUCAUCUCAGCUGAAACCGAUUACAUCUAAAUCUAUACUAAAUAAUUCACCUAGUAAUGUUACGAAUUCAGUGCUGCGUAAUCAGGAAAAAAGUGAUUCAAAAUCAUCGGUUUCUAAUUCUUCCCCUUACUUCACUAUCCCCCGAUUAAGACCACCACCACACUCUGCGAAUCCACCUCGGAUAUCCUCGAAUAAUACUUCUGGAUCCAGUAACAAUCAAACAUCAACACGUGGAAAAGUGGAGCCUCCAUGUUGUCCUUCAGAAUUGAUCCGAUCACUUGCAUCGACUCAGAUCAAAAAUGAUAAUAGUUCUAAUUCAACUAUCACUACGACCAGCAAGUUGCCCACAAAUAUCAAUAGUAAUGAUAACAAUUCCCCAAAACCUCAUUUCAAAAGGUCUGAAAAUGAAAUCUCUGAUAAAUUAUCUGAUAUAAUACAAAAGCGUUUAAGUUGGACUGGUCCAACUGAUGAUAAUUCAGCUGGUAAUCAGAAGCGGUCCCAACGAUUAUAUCUACCUACUAUAUUUUCUACAUCAUCUACAGCAUUGGACGAGACUAAUGGUAAUAAUCACUGUGUUCCACCAACAAAACACCACUUGAAAAAGCAUUUAUCAAAUAUUUUAGGAGACUUAGAACGUUUGAUUCGUAUGAAUGAUAAAAAAAUUCCUGGAAAUAUUAUUUCCUCUCCCUCGUCCACUGCCAUUUCAUCAUCAUCAUCAUCAAAUUUAGAACAGUUAAUUGAGUUAGCAGAUCAAAUGGAAGCAUGUCGACUUAGUUGUUCUGCAUAUAUUGAUCAGGCUACAUGUUCAGCUCGAGCAAAAUUUAAUUUUCGUGAUCGAUUCGCAUGUUUACAAACAUUUAGCAGUUUAUUACGUUCUAAAAAACUCGAUUCUACUUGUAAUAAUAAUACUAAUAAUCUAAGUAAGUACAAUAAAAAUAAUGCAAAUUUAUUAAAAGACGCAGAGAAUGCCAUCAAAGAAAUUAUUAAUGAUUUAGACAAACUAACCGAUAAUGUAAAUACAACAUUAUCAUUAGAUACUACAUUGAAUAAUUCAAAUUUCCCAGAACAUAAACCUAAUUCAAAUUUAGUAACAUCUAAUCAAUCCAAUUUAACUUGUACAGAAAAUCUUAGUAUUACUGACAAUAGAAGCGCUACAGUUUUCACUUGAUUUCUUUACAUCUAUGUGCAUAUUAUUAUCAUUAUUUCUGGUUAGUAUUAGGAGAUUUUACAUCGAAAUUUAUUGUUCACCUGUUUCUAAAAUCUGCAUUUUACUUCCAACUAUCAUUCUUUGUUCGCUUUUCUCUGUCGAUUUAGACAAAUUCCUCUCUUUUUAUGUAAAUGUUUACAAAUUGAAAAAUCUACUUUCCUUUUUGUUUUAUGGACAUAGUUUGGAUGUUUUUCUACUCAAUCCUCGGACUAUUCAAUGGCCCUUGCAUUAAAAAGUGUACUAAUUUGUUUGUUUGUGUUAUUUUAGUUUAUCUCCCGUUUUUGUAUUUGUCUUUUUGUGUUUUUACGUUCUCAUGUAGAGUAGAGUAGACAAAUCAGUCAAUCUUUAACACAUCUCUUUAAUCCACUCUGCUAUUUAUCUGGAAUACAUAUACUUCACUCUUUCCUUCGAUUCCUUUACAAUCUAAAUGAAUGUAUAUAUGUAUGCCUAUUUCAGCGCACAUCUUAAUUUAUACUGUUGUAAAUAAAAUGUUUUCAAUUGUUUUGUUUUUUUCGUUAUUUCAACGUUCAGUCAUUAAUUUUAUUACUAUCAUUACUUAAUUUUCCCUUCUUUGUACUAUUCUUCACCAAUGUUCUAAUAAUAUUGUGUAGUAUGUCUCUUGCGAUUUGUUAUCGAAAAUGAUUAUUUUUUCAAUAGAAAACAAUGUUUUUUUCACUUCCAGUCAGAAAUGAGUUUUGUGUUUGUUCCCACAUUCAACUACAUGCGCACAAAUUUACUCAAUCAUUUGAAUUCCAGGUGAAAUUGUAAGGUUGAUCAAUUAAUAUGAAUAUUUGUUCGUUCAUUUGUAUAAUUUUAUUCUUAGAUCUGUUUAUUUUCUCUUAAUUUAUCCUGAUAUUAUUUCAUUUGUUUCUGCCAUAAUCCUGUAUCACUGUUGGUGCGUAUUUUGAUUACUUACUUUAGAUUCUCUCUCCUAUCACAUGGUAUCUUCGUGCUUAUUCUUUAUCAUUUCCCCUCCACCUAUAAUCUCUGUCUAACUGUGAUCUCUGAAAAAAUAAUUACCAUAUAUAUAUAGUAUCCUAUUACCCUAUUUUGUUCUUAACAGCUUACUACUUAUCUUCAUUUUUCCUGUUUUUCUAAUCCUCUCCAUGUGCUUGUUUUCUGUGAAGUGUUAUGGAUCUGGUCAUACUGAUGAUGAAAUUAAUGAUUGUCAUUAUUAUUAUUACUAUUAGUAAGAUUCUAAUCUAAUGAUCAAUAUAUAAUAAUUUUGUUAAUAGUAUUUGAUUUUUGUGUAAAUAUAGGAUGACCUAUGCACUCAGGUUGCACAUGUGUUCAUUCAAUAUUUUUAGAUUGAUUUUAAUUGGGUCAACAACAGUAUGUAACAGAAGAAAUAUGAGUUCAUGUUUAGAAAAUGUACUUUUUUAAAGAAAAAUAAAGUAGGAAAUUAGAUGUUUCUCA